CAGGUUCCUAUAAGGUGUCAGGACGUGGCGGUCUAUUUCUCCAUGGAGGAGUGGGAGUAUGUAGAAGGACACAAGGAUCAGUACAAGGAUCAGGUGAUGAUGGAGGAUCAGCAGCCCCUCACAUCAGCAGGGGGAUGAUCUGAUUAUUAUUAAAGUGGAGAAUGACGAAGAAGAAGAGAGGAUGAGGGGCCAUCACCUGUGUAUGAGCAAAGUGAAGGAGGAAAUUCCAGGAGGUGUUACCCCAGAAAAUCCCACUGAGAAAUCUGAGGAAAACCUCAUCUUAUCACUAAAUUGUAAAGGAGAAGCUGAAGAUAUGAUGGAGCGCUCCUCAGGAGAAGACCUCCUAACCACUAAUGCCCAUCCAGAACUUUACAGUACAGAUCUAUCCUAUAAUAAUCCCCCUUAUCACGAGGAACCUUCUCCCGACCAAUCACAGGCUGUUACCACAAGUAGUGGACAGGAAUGGGUGAAAAGGUUUCAGUGUAGUGAAUGUGGAAAAGAGUUUACGAGAAGAUCAAGUCUUUUUACACACAGAGGAAGUCACACAGGAGAGAGGCCGUACUCAUGUUCAGAGUGUGGGAAAAGUUUUAAGCAGAAAUCACACCUUGCUACACAUGAGAGAAUUCACACAGGAGAGAAGCCGUAUUCAUGUUUGGAAUGUGGGAAAUGUUUUCCAAUGAAAUCACAUCUCGUUAGACAUGAGAGAAGUCACACAGGAGAGAAGCCGUAUUCAUGCUUAGAAUGUGGUAAGUGUUUCACAAAUAAAUCAAAUCUUGUUGUGCACAAGAGGAACCACACUGGAGAAAAGCCGUAUUCAUGUUCAGAAUGUGGGAAAUGUUUUAAAAAUCAAUCUAAUCUUGUAAUACAUGUGAGAAGUCACACAGGUGAGAGGCCAUAUUCGUGUUCUGAAUGUGGUAAAUCCUUUACACAUAAAUCACAGCUUCAUAAACACGAGAGAGUUCAUAAAAGAGAAAAGCCGUAUUCUUGUUCAGAAUGUGGGAAAUGUUACACAAAAAAGGCCCACCUUGAUCAACAUGAGAGACUGCACACAGGAGAGAAGCCAUAUUCAUGUUCAGAAUGUGGGAGAUGUUUUACACAUAGAAAUAGUCUUGUUGUACACGAGAGAACUCACAAAGGAGAAAAACCAUAUUCAUGUUCAGAAUGUGGAAAAUAUUUUACAAGUCAAUCAAGUCUUGUUGUACAUGAGAGAAGUCACAGAGGGGAGAAGCCAUAUUCAUGUUCUGAAUGUGAGAAAUGUUUCACAAAUAAAUCACAUCUGAAUAUACACGAGAGAAGUCAUAUAGGAGACAAGCCAUAUUCAUGUUCAGAUUGUGGGAAAUGUUUUAUCCAGAAAUCAACUCUUAUUUCACAUGAGAGAACUCACACAGGAGAGAAGCCGUAUUCAUGUUCACAAUGCGGGCAAUGUUUUACACAUAAGUCGAAUCUUGUUAUACAUGAGAGAAUUCACACAGGAGAGAAGCCGUAUUCAUGUUCAGAUUGUGGAAAAUGUUUCACACAAAAAGCCCAUCUUGAUCGACAUCACAGAACUCACACAGGAGAGAAGACAUUUUGAGGUUCUAUAUUUAAAAUAUGUUGAAUGUAAUUUGGAAAAUCACCAGAGAAUUCACAUUGAGAGGAAACCAUGUUUAUGUUUGGAAUGUGGGAAAUGCUAUAGAAGAGGAAACAAAAAAAAAAAGAGGUGAAUUGUGGGUGGUCAUCAUGAACCUUAUUUAUUACUGUAUUAAUUUAUAUAGAGCCAACACAUUCCAUAGCAAUGUACAUAGACUAUCAAUCUCUUUGGUGGUCUUAAUCCAUUAUCAGAAACCCGCACAAACAUGGAAAGAACAUAUAUCAUUCUGAGUGAUAUAGUGAAUGUCCACUCGUGUGAACAUAUCACUACUUAAAGGGGUACUCCGGUGGAAAUUUUUUUUUUUUUUUUUAACUCAACUGGUGCCAAAAAGUUAAACAGAUUUGUAAA